AUGUAUAGUUUCAGACAAAUAGUUUUGCAAAAUAACAAAUGUGAAUGUAAUAACGUAAGCGAAAGCAAGAAUACAUUAGGUAUUAUAAAUAUACUCUUAGUGAUAUGCAGUGGUAUUUCAAUGUAUGGACAUUGGUGUUAUAUAACACGUUACAUCGAGGAUCUCACAAAAAUAGCAGAGAGCAUUUGCACUGCCCUACAAACAUGUGUGUCGAUAAUAAAGAUGAUUUACUUUCUCUUUGUACAACGGAAUUUAUACGUUCUCCUUGACAAAGCACAGUCCCAUGAAAUUAUUAGACAAUCAGAAAUAUUUCGAAAUGAUUUUCCAGUAUUACGAAGACUUAUAAAGAUUAUACGAGAUAUUAUGGAAAAUAAUUGGAAAAAUAUUCGUGCACAACUACUUUUCUAUAUUUGUAGUUGUGCUGUAAUAAUUAGUAAUUAUUUCUUUUCAGCAUUGUUUUUAAAUAUGUACCAUCAAAUAAAAGGGACUCCCAACUACGAACAUGUACUACCUUAUCCCUCUGUGUAUCCAAUAUGGGAAAGUAAAGGUAUGUCAUUUCCUUAUCAUUAUAUACAGAUGCUUCUGUGCGGAUGUGCUAAUAUGUACAUUGCUGGAAUGUGUGCAGUCAGUUUUGACGGUGUUUUUAUAGUAUUGUGUGUACAUGGAGUUGGGCUUAUAGAGGUGCUAAAUGUCAUGAUUGAACAAUCAACAUCAUCAGAUGUUGUUAAAGAGAGGCGUGUGGAAUAUUUACGUAACUGUAUAAAUCUAUACCAAAAUACUUAUGAAUAUUUACUUAAUUUCAGUAAAAUGUAUAAACAUAUCAGUUUAUCACAAUUUUUACUGAGUUUGGUCAUUUGGGGAAUUGUCCUUUUUCAAAUGAACAUACAGCCUAAUAAAAUAACUUUAGUGCGCAUGGUGUUGUAUCUUUCAGCAGCUGGUUAUGAAAUAAUUUUUUACUGUUAUAAUAGUCAACGUUUAACAAAUGAGUACGAAAAAAUUCCAUUGGCUUUUUACAAUUGUGAUUGUUACAAUGAGUCCAAAGAAUUUAAACAACAACAACGAAUGAUGAUUCUACGCACGAAUCGAAUUUUCAAUAUUAAAAUUUCCUGGUUCACUACAAUGUCUUUACCUACCCUUAUGAUUAUGAUAAAAACAAGUGGAUCAUAUUUCUUGUUAUUAAAAAAUUUAUCCGAAUAG